UUGUCUUGCGCAUCCGCAGAGCAGGCGACACCGCUGGGCGAAACAAGCGACCGAGGUAAGCGUGGAAUCACUUUCCCAUCGUCUCCAUCGACAUUGCCCGCUCCGGUCACUUCCAUUUUCGCGCCCUCCAAGACAGAAGAAAAUGACAAGCUUUGUCGUCUGCUAUCUUCAUUCAUUCGUCGUCCGUGGCAGCUCAUAAUACCGCGCUAAGCAUACCAAAUGUUUAGGGAUAAAUACAGGAGUGGACUCUCAGCUCAUCUCUGCUCGGAACUAUAAUAGCUAAUCAUUUUCUCAUGCUUCGCAUCAAGAAGUACGGAUUGAUUUGAGUCAUUCGACUUUCUUUACAACGUGAGGAUUAUUUAUUGGCGCCUAGCUGUUACACCACACAUUUUCUCUUGGACUUGAUCCUGGCAUAUGAGUUUAAAUUACAUCAUUUUGCUCUAAGCGUGACGAUUUUGUUUUUGUCUACGCGGAGUGCCUCUCGGUUUGGAGGUCGGUGAAGCAGCCGAAACUCGGCCGGAGAAGGUUUUGACUGUCCCAUAUAGCUCAGCUAGGCAGACCAACCAUGUACUGCUACCAGUGCUCGACCAUACACCACAACACCAGCCCCGCGGCCGCGGCUCAUCUCGGCAACAGCAAUGUCUGCCCACAUGCAUGCGAGGAUUCACCAUAUUCGGAGCUUACGUACGGAGGUGAUUUGGACGAGACUUUUGCGAGAAGGAAGCAGCGAAGAAACAGAACCACGUUUACUGUGCAACAGCUGGAGGAGUUAGAGUCAGCCUUUGCUAAGACUCACUAUCCUGACGUGUUCACACGCGAGGACCUGGCACUACGGAUCAAUCUUACAGAAGCCCGUGUACAGGUAUGGUUUCAGAACAGACGAGCUAAAUGGCGUAAAGCAGAGCGAACCAAGCAGGACCGAGGACCGUCAUCAACUUCAAGCCCGGAGAAUGAUGAUAGAUUAUCGUCGAGUGAGGGAGCUGUUGGGCACUCAAGAGAGGAGAUAAACAUGAGCCCUGGGGCACCCUCCGAAGACGCACGGAGAGAUAAAAGUACAGUCGAUGGUGAUAAAUCGGAUUCACAUCACGACAAUGAAUCGCCCCUACAUAGCUUGGAUAGAGCGCCAUCUGGUGGGCGCCUGAUGCCUCCUGCCUUUGCGAACCCAUCUGCAAGUACGAUGCUAAACCCGUUUUACCAUCCUAGCGGUGCCGCUCGCUUGCUGCUUGCUUCACAGCCAUACGAGAGUAUGAGAGGACAUGGUACUCCUACACGGUUCCCGCCCCUCAUCUCACCAUCGUAUGCCUCUCAACUCAUGUCAUUUGCUUCAGCCAGAAAAGAUCCCGUGCCUACAUCAGGGAGCUAUGGUGGAUUCAAUGUUCCAACUCUCAGAGGGCCUCUUGAUUCCUCAUCCGCCAUCUUGAGAGAACAUGAAAAACGCACCCUCAGCCUAGCUGCACUACGCAUGCGCGCCAAGGAAUACUCCAACGCUAUGGCUGAAGCUGCUGGUCUAAUGACGUCAUACAAGAUGGCGCCGCCCCAUCCGGCAAUUCUCUUGAGCGCCAGCGCCGCUUCAAGACCGAAUUCAUCGCACGUUCCGUGUUCAUAUUGACGUC